AUGGUAAAUCGCAAGGGGAUCUUUUAUAUUCAUGACAGAAAGUCGCUGUUUCUAUUCAAGGGCCAGCACCAAUCUCGCGCAUCAUUUGGUGGUGGAGAAAAUGGCUGCAAACUGGCCGUUUCGGGAAACCUGCAGCACACGCUGGGACCAUACAUCAAACCGUAUAUCUUUGCGGCAUCGCAACAAGAACGCCGACGUCAAGCUGGAGGUCAUUGUGCCAUAUGUGAAGAACGAUUUGGAGUGGCAGAAAGUGCUCAGAAAAAAUUGAGGUUAACUUGCUCCGAUCAUGUCCACUAUGAAUGUUACAAGGUGGUGGUGGAAUGUAUGGCAGAAUCCAUUGAGUCGUACCAAGCACUUUUAGACAAUAUGCCUUGUUGCAAGGGUCCCAGAUGUGAUUUAGGUGGUGUUCGAAUCCAAGCAGAAUCUCCCGGUUUGACGUUUCGAAUUUUCACCAAUGCUCAAGCCAUCGAAAAAGACUCCAAGAACUUGUCGAUUUUGGGAACCACCCUCAAGCCAAAAGCCCCAGCCGUCCAAACCAGUAACACCACAACCAGUAAUACACCCAUUCCGGUCAGUAACACACCUUCAACUAUUCCCAUCGAACGAGUACCCAGUCCUCAAAUCCAAGAAUUCGACCGUCUUUUUGAACUCACUUCCAGAAUCUCUCAUCGCUCCAGGUCGCCGUCUCCAAGUCCUACUGUCGCAACCACAAACACACUAUCUCUUCAAAUCCCCGAAUAUAUGCUGCAGGAUCUCGAUGAGCUUCGACACAAAUAUAUCGAGCAUCUUCUCACAUCGUCGCAGCUUUCUUUCGCAACUCUCUGCAAAUUGGGAACUCUCCGUCUCGUCGACAACUUGCUAGUUUCAAAGUGUGGUGAUUUUGCUUUGAAGUCGUGCUACUUGUUCACCAACUACCUUCUUGUGUGCGAAAUAGACGGCACAGACUGCUGGCACUUGCCGAUCGAUAAUGGUGCUGAGGUUUCCACCACAGACGAAUCCACUUUUGCAAUUUCCAUAUAUGACUCUCCCACAAUAUGGAUCCAGUCGGAGGAUCCUGGGGUGGUGGAAAAAUGGAUAGUUGCAACUUCUGACCCUACCGCUACUUUUCCAUCACAAUUUCUCACUUCAACAUUUGUUCUUCCCGAGUAUCAGACCCAAACACAAACUCCAGUUUCCUCUCCGUCAACGGUCAAUCUCGACGACUCUGCCAAGGCGGAAUCGGUGUUCACAAAUAUCAGUGCUUUGAGUGAAGAUGAAAGCGAUAGCGACGUUGAUUCCGAUCAAGAGUUGAUCAACAAAUUCAAAGCUGGAAAAUCGCUGUGUUCACGACUACAAGACGCCGUUUCGAAAGACACAGAGCUACUAGACUUGAUGUUAAGGGAAAUGACAAUGCUGAAGAACACAUUCGAGGAAUUCACUUCUUUCAAAUAUGUUUCGAACCAAUAA